AUGUCGACCACCACCACCACCACCACAACCCCAAUCGCGUCCGGGAAACCCAACAUUGGAGUCUACACCAAUCCUGCCCACGAUCUGUGGAUAGCAGACGCAUUGCCCAGCAAAGAUGAAGUCGAGACGGGCGAUGCUCUGAAGCCCGGCGAGGUCACUGUUGCAAUCAAGAGCACCGGCAUUUGCGGUUCCGAUGUCCAUUUCUGGCACGCAGGCUGCAUAGGACCCAUGAUUGUCGAAGGCGAACACAUCCUCGGCCACGAAUCCGCCGGUAUCAUUGUCGCCAAACACCCCUCCGUCACCUCGCACGCCAUCGGAGACCGCGUGGCCGUCGAACCCAACAUCAUCUGUGGAGAGUGCGAGCCAUGCUUGACGGGAAAAUACAAUGGAUGCGUCUCGGUGGAAUUUCGAAGCACACCGCCGAUCCCCGGAUUGCUGAGACGUUAUGUCAACCACCCGGCCGUCUGGUGUCAUAAGAUCGGCAACAUGAGCUAUGAAAACGGCGCAUUACUCGAGCCGUUGAGUGUCGCUUUGGCAGGCAUGCAAAGAGCAAACAUCACCCUGGGAGACUCAGUCUUGGUGUGUGGAGCAGGACCCAUCGGUCUAGUGACAUUAGCCUGCGUAAAAGCUGCAGGAGCGGAGCCGAUUGUGAUUACGGACAUUGACGAAGGAAGACUCAAGUUUGCAAAGGAAUUUUGCCCUUCUGUGCGAACGCACAAGGUAGAUUUCAGCCAUACCCCCCAACAAUUCGCCGAAGCCGUCGUCAGCCUCGCAGAUGGCGUGGAGCCCGCCGUGGUCAUGGAAUGCACAGGAGUCGAAAGCUCCAUCAGCGGAGCCAUCCACGCAGCCAAGUUUGGAGGCAAGGUCUUUGUGAUUGGAGUGGGGAAAACGGAGAUCCAAAUCCCCUUUAUGCGAUUGAGUACGCGGGAGGUGGACUUGCAGUUUCAGUAUCGUUAUGCGAAUACCUGGCCUCGAGCCAUUCGCUUGUUGAAUGGAGGUGUCAUUGAUUUGCAGAAACUCGUCACCCAUCGAUUCCAGCUAGAAGAUGCCAUUGAUGCCUUCAAGGUCGCUGCCGACCCGAAACAGGGUGGGAUCAAGGUCAUGAUACAGAGUAUGGAAGAGGGUGAGCAUUAA